CAGAAGCCAGAUAUGAAUUGCCGUCUAAUACACAUCUAACUAUAUAAAUCGGACGUUUCCAAUGAUCCUCUUCACAAUCCUCAUAAUCACUUUCGAAAUUACAUUUACGCUUUCUUGCAAUCAAAUUUUCCGAUCUUAAGUUCAGAAGACGAUGUCAGAGGUGGAAAUAGAGAACGCUGCUACGAUCGAAGGAAACACCGCUGCGGAUGCGCCGGUGACGGAUGCGGCCGUUGAGAAGAAGCCUGCAGCGAAAGGACGAAAGACGAAGAAUGUUAAGGAAGUGAAGGAGAAGAAGACUGUUGCUGCCGCUCCGAAGAAGAGAACUGUUUCAUCUCAUCCUACUUACGAAGAGAUGAUUAAGGAUGCGAUUGUUACGUUGAAAGAGAGAACUGGAUCUAGCCAAUACGCGAUUCAGAAGUUCAUCGAGGAGAAGCGUAAGGAGCUUCCUCCAACAUUCAGAAAGCUGUUGCUUCUCAAUCUGAAGAGACUCGUUGCUUCUGGGAAGCUUGUGAAGGUCAAAGCCUCGUUUAAACUCCCAUCGGCGUCGGCUAAAGCAUCAUCCCCUAAGGCGGCAGCGGAGAAAUCUGCUCCUGCGAAGAAGAAACCGGCGACUGUGGCGGUUACCAAGGCGAAGAGAAAGGUCGCUGCGGCUUCCAAGGCUAAGAAAACAAUCGCCGUUAAACCUAAGACUGCUGCUGCUAAGAAAGUGACCGCGAAGGCUAAGGCUAAGCCCGUUCCUCGUGCCACUGCUGCUGCAACUAAGAGGAAAGCUGUUGAUGCGAAGCCCAAGGCUAAGGCUAGACCAGCCAAGGCAGCCAAAACGGCCAAGGUUACAUCUCCGGCUAAGAAAGCUGUUGCUGCCACGAAGAAAGUUGCUACGGUGGCCACAAAGAAGAAGACUCCGGUUAAGAAGGUUGUGAAGCCAAAGACGGUUAAGUCUCCAGCAAAGAGGGCUUCUUCUAGGGUUAAGAAGUGAAGUUAGGGUUUGUAGGUAGAAGAAUGGUUAACGAUAGUUUAGACUUGUAUAAUUCAAUCAUCUUUAUGCGACUUUGUUUGCUUUUCUUCUUUCAGUGUUCUUGUUAUUCACAGUUCCUUUGGACUACCCCUUAAAUCAUAUAUAGAUUUCAUCAAUGAAGCAAACUCGAGUUUCUUUGCAGCU